AUGGCGCCUAGAAUCGGUCAGAAGAAGAAUCGCCCUCUCAGCGGCAUGAGUCCUUGGACUGACGAUGAGCGCCGCGGUCUCAAGGUCCUCUUCGAGAAUCCGCACAUCCUCAACCCUAACAACAUAGCCAAUCAGAACAACUUCCAGCGCAUCUUCGCACAGGCGUUUCCAGCGAAGAGCGGCAAGGCGUUCAGGCACCUCUAUGACCAAUGGCAACCUCGCUUCACCAUCAGCAGGAGGACCGGCAAGCCGGAGCGUAGCAUGCGGUGGUUCGUGAUUGACCGUCCAAACCCCCGCGACCAAACACCAUACACCGCCCAAGAGCUCGCCGAUCUCACAAGGGUCGAGUCAUUGCUGCAGAAUGCCGCGACUGCUCUGGGUGUCUCGUGGACGGCGCAACCAUCCGCUCCUGCCGCCCCCACUGCUCCUGCCGCUCCUGCUGCGCCUACCGCACCUGUCGCGCCUGCUCGGCUUGCUGCCCCUGCCGCGCCUGCUCCACAGAAUGGCGGCGGACCAGAGGACGUGGACGACGACGUGAAUCUUGGGGAUCAAGACGCGCCUCAUGGUGAGCAGCAUGUUGGAGAGGAGAUUCAAGGUGAAGGGGAGGAGGACGCCUUGGAGGCAGGACAAGAACGGGAACAGCAGGAGGGCUACGGCGGAAGCAGCCACGAGGACAACGGAUACGAAAUCAGGGACGAGGUGAUGGCGGACUUCGGAUUGACAGAGGAGGAGCUGGAAGCGCAGGAAUACGAUCGUCAACAAGCCGCUAUGGAAGACGCGGUCAUGCAAGACGCUACUCAGCCAGCAGUCGAGCCAACCGAACGCAUCACACUCUACGUCAGCAAGCACAGAGUCCGUCUAUCUGCCAACAUCACCUUCAACGAAGCAGGCGGCGCGCAGCAUAUCAGCUUCAACCGUCCAGACACGGCAAGACAGAAGCUGCCCUACCUUCACGUCGUCAGAGACUGCGUUUGGAAUGGUGCUCGCGCUGCGUGGACAUCCCGUCGCAACAACAUCAACUACUACAUCAGACUCCCCGCGACUAGACUUUCUGCCUGUGCAGAGAGAUUCUUCGUUCCGCAGCGCAUCUACUUCGACGACGAUGCCGAGCUGAGCCCGGUCAUGGUAUGUCGGUACGAGGCGUGUAAGGUGUGCGAAGAGUACAGGCGCCAGUGGUCAGACUAUCAGGCAAGAUCUAUGGCCCUCGGUCUCCAAGGCUAA